CAAAUUCGUUGGAUGAAAUUCCUGAAGAGCGUCGAUGGCCUUCUCAUCCAUAUUCCGGAACUCAAUUCUCUAUUUUUGGAAGUUCCCCAACCGUCUUUCCUUCUCCUCAUCAGCAGCAUCACCACCAACAACGCCAGUUUCCGGCGACAAUUUGGUGUUCGCCGCCGUCUCAAUCCUCAAGCACCACCGCUCAAAAUCCCGGUGGUCCAACCUCCGGUCGCUCCUCGCCACCACCAAAACCACCCCAUCUCAAUUUUCCGAUAUCUCCCGCCAAAUUCGCAACAAUCCUCAAUUGGUCCUUCGUUUCUUUCACUUCACUCUCCGCCACACUCUCUCUUCACACUCUCUCACCUCCUACGCCACCGUCAUUCACAUCCUCUCUCGCUCAAGGCUCAAGUCCGAGGCCCUAGACGUUAUAAAAUCAGCUCUAUGUGCAUUUUCUGAAACUCAGCAGGUAACACCGUUUGCAAUUCUUGAGGCAUUGAUGAAAACUUAUAGAACUUGUGGUUCUGCACCCUUUGUGUUUGAUUUGUUAGUCCUAGCUUGUUUAGAAUCGAAGAAGAUUGAUCUCGCUAUUAAGAUUUAUUCAUUUUUGAAGUUGAAGAAUGUCUUACUCCGAACCAAUACUUGCAACUCGUUGAUUGAAUUGGUUUCAAAGAGUAGAGGUUGUUUUGCUGGAUACGAUUUGUACAGGGAGAUUUUUUGUGUUGAUGCCAAGAAUUUGGAUAGGAACGGAAAAUGCAGUGUGGGAUUUUCUCCAAAUGCAAAUACACUGAAUGUGGUUAUGGUUGGUUUCUAUAGAGAAGGUUUGAUGGAUAAGGUCGAGGAAUUAUGGAAAGAAUUUGAGAGAGUUGGCUUUGUGCCGAAUAUGUAUAGCUUUAAUGUGUUAAUGGCUGCGUAUUGUGAUGAGGGGAAAAUGGAGGAUGCCAUGAGGUUAUGGAGGGAAAUAGAUGAUCGAGGCUUGCAACAUGACACGGUGUCUUAUAAUACGAUUAUUGGUGGUUUUUGCAGGUUUGGAGAGGUUUCAAAAGCUGAGGAGAUUUAUAGAGAGAUGGUGAUGAAAGGACUCGAGAGCACUUGUCUCACUUUUGAGCAUCUUAUAAAUGGGUAUUGUAUAGUUGGGGACCCUGAUUCUGCAAUGUUGGUGUAUAAGGAUAUGUGCAGGAAGAAUUUCAGUCCAGAGAGUUUGACUGUUAAUGCCAUGGUUAGGUUGCUGUGUGAAAAGAAUGAAAUUUCAACUGCAAUUGGUUUUUGGAAGAUGGUAGUAAAGAAAGACAGGGUUUGCAUGGAGAAGGAGAAUUAUGCAAGUAUGAUAAGGGGAUUAUGUGCGAAGGGGAUGAUGGAAGAGGCUUUAGAGCUUCAGGCGGAGAUGGCGAUGAGAGGGUUUGAACCAGAUUUGGAGAUUUAUAGCUCAUUUAUUGAUGGAUAUGUGAAAGAAGGCAACGGAAUAACGGCAAGUAAACUGAGGGAAGAAAUGCACUGUAGGCAGACUUCUGAAGAGUAGAGAUGGAUGGUGUGAUUUAAGAUAAAAUGUGUUUUGCAGCAACUUAAAGUAGAAUGGUUUUUCCAAAGGGUGCAAAAAUUAGUUCACUUGACAGAUGGUGAUUUCCUAAUCUUUAUUUCCUUCUUGAAAUUUGCGUAGCUUCUUAAUAUUUUGGAUGUUUGGGGUUUUGCUGGACAUUUUGGUGCAAGGCAAGGAUAUUUUGUCGCCUCUAUGAUAUGGAUAGUUAGUCUCAGAUAUAGUUAUAGUGACGUUAGAUGCUCAAGGGACUCGUCUUUCUAUUGGAUUUGGAAGGGAACUUAUGGUAAGGUAUGACUGUUUUAUCUACCCAUAAACAGCAGAUAUCUGUUAUUUCUAUAGUCAACAUUGCGAGCACUUUAUAUGACCUGCUUCACCAAAUGCUGCAUAAAAUUGAGCUCCACGUGUUCUCAGGUUAAAUUUCAGUGGUCAAUGUCUAACGAGGGGAGAAGCCAGAGAUUGGAAAGUGAUGAGGUCAGCACAAGCAACCACGAUGAGAAUGCAGUUGCAGCUGAAAUCUGAUAAUUACGACACAGUUUUUUAGGGCAAAAGGAGACAUCAGCUUUGAUCAGAAUGUCAACUAUGCUUGCACUUGAGCUUGCUGCUGCUAGUGUGAGAAUUGAUAACACCUGUACCGAGUCCCCUAAAAUGAUGAUCUGCAUUAUUCCUGAUUGAUGCACGGGGAACUUAGUCACAAUGGAAUACCCGUCAAGUAUGGCCAAGGUAUAGAUAUACAUGGAUCAGAAUUAGAGUAUUGGAGAUUGGAGAAUAAUUACCAGAAGGCUAACCCAACUCCCAAAGACAUGAAUAAAAUCGAUGAUGCCGAGGAGAUGGCUUGGCCCAGUCUCAAAGCUAGACUACCGCAAGUUCCAAUGGACCCUGGUAUAUUUUUCAUCGCUCAAUUCGCAGUUAAUCAGGGACUACUGUUGUUUUUUCCAUUGGAAGUUGCUAUGGUGUUCAAGAAAUUAGAUGUUUCUACAUUGCUAUCAAUCCAAUCUAGUCGUAGUAGGGAACCACUUCAUAAAUUUCCAUUCAAAGUCAUUCUUGCCGACAUGCAAUCCUACGGUGGGAAAUAG